AUGAACGAAUACGAUAAUAAAAUACGCUCAAAGCAGAAACAUGGAAACUCUUUAGUAACGCAUUUUGAUAACUCUACAAACCACACCAGCAAUAAGCAUAGAAAUACCAAUAUCGACCAAGCAAAAAGUGUUAUAAAUGACAGAUAUACCAUCUUGUUAAAAGACGGGGUCACAACUGCAACCAUUUACCCCAUAUCGACCUACACUAGGGUCCCAUUCGGUCUUUUGAACUUUCUAUGUGAGGAGUACAACAUGGAAAUAGAGAGAGGGGAAACAUUACCAUUUUUUGAUCCGCUAUCUAUUGAAGGGUUUGUAAGCUAUUGGUUCGAGUCCUCAUUUGUUGGUAUUAUGUGCCUUGGUGAUGUCCCAAAUUUGGACGAAGAUGAUAGAGAGUGGGAAAAAGAGUGUUUAGGAGCUUUUUAUAUCAAACAAAACUACCCAGGAAGAAGAUGUUCUCAUAUUUGCACGGCUGAGUUCUUGGUUAAUGCAGGUAUCAGGGGAAAAGGUAUAGGCCGAACCUUGACUGACUGUUUUUUCCAAUGGGCACCCAAGUUAGAUUACACUUACACCAUUUUUAAUCUUGUUUUUGAGAGUAAUGCAGCAGCUAGAAAGUUGUGGGAAUCAAUGAAUUUUAAGAGGAUUGGAAAAAUCACCGGUGCAGCAUAUGUCAGAAACUACGAUUCUCCGGUUGAUGCGAUAAUAUAUGGAAGAGAUUUGGUGAGCAAAUCCAACAUCGAAUCAAGCGCUUACCGAUUCGAUAAAAUAAAAUAUUUCUUAGAAACAGGCAAGUACCCUGCAACUGCAGAUAGACAGGAAAAAGCGCGACUACGUGCGGGAGCCAUCAAGUAUUAUAUUGAAAAGGGGAAACUCAUGUUCAAGGGUAAAGAAGUGGUUGCUGAAUCAGAUCAGCAAUCAAGAAUUUGUCAAGUAAUACACCAAAAUAAUGGCCAUUGCGGUAUAAACAAAGGCACCACAUUAGUUACUGACAAAUAUUACUGGCCAAGAAUCAAGGAGACCAUGGGAGUGGUUGUCAAAAACUGCGAAAAGUGUACCCCUGAUUCCAGAAUCACUGAAAAUGAAGAUGGUCGUCAAUCGAAAAGAAGAAGAAGAAGGCAAACCGAUUUCGAAGGCCUGAAUCAAGAAGUUAAUCGAAAUGGAGAAAUCAGUGAAUAUGUACAAGCCGUCAUUUCGGAGGUGCAAGAGAAUCACAGAGAAGAAUAUAGACCUUCAUAUGCAGAGGUGGCAGCAUCUUCAUUGAGGAACUUUCCACAGUAUAACAAAGAAACUUCCAACAACGAAGAUAAUCACGAUGUGGUAAGACCUAGAGUUAAAAAGUACAACUAG